AUGAUUCCUACAAGAACGAAACUUGGAACACAAUUGUGCUUCAAAAAUGGUAAAUUGGCACUACCUCAUCAAACUAUCAACAAUCUAAGAUAUUUGUCAUCUACUAGGCUCCAAUUGAACAAAAAUACAACUGUUGAUGAGAAUUCAACUACACAUUUUGGGUCUAAAACUGUUUUAAAGGAGGAGAAAGAAAAACUUGUCGGUAAUGUUUUCUCCAGUGUAGCUUCAAAAUACGAUGUUAUGAACGAUAUUAUGUCUCUUGGUAUCCACAGAUUAUGGAAGGACCAUUUCAUUAAUAAGUUGGAUGCAGGUAAAAGACCAAACUCUACUGAACCAUUGCAUUUUAUUGAUGUAGCUGGUGGGUCUGGAGAUAUCGCGUUUGGUCUUUUGGAUCACGCUGAACAGAAAUUCCAUGACGUGGAAUCUACCAUGCAUAUCGUUGAUAUCAAUGCUGAUAUGUUGAAGGAAGGUGAGAAGAGAGCUAUGGAGCAAGGGAAGUAUUACAAUGAUCCUCGUGUGACAUUUUUAGUUCAAAAUGGUGAAACUCUGGAACAAAUUGAGUCAAACUCCAAGGAUAUCUACACUAUUUCUUUCGGUAUCAGAAACUUCACUAAUAUUCAAGCUGGUUUGAACACUGCUUACCGUGUGCUAAAACCAGGUGGAAUCUUUUUCUGUUUAGAGUUCUCAAAAAUCGAGAACCCACUAGUAAAUCUAGCUUACCAAAACUGGGCUAAGGUGUUGCCUGUUAUGGGAUCUAUAGUUGCAAAUGAUUACGAUUCAUAUCAAUACCUUGUAGAAUCCAUUGAAAGAUUCCCCAGUCAAGAAAAUUUCAAGUCUAUGAUCGAAAAGGCAGGGUUUCAAUCUUGUGGAUAUGAAAAUCUAACUUUUGGUACAUGCGCUAUCCAUUGGGGUAUCAAAACAUAG